CUUCAUCCCUGGUGUUUAGUCUGAGAUGGAAGUGAGAUGUCGGGCUUCGGUGGUGGUGAUGAUGCUGCGCGCGACUCUCGCGGUUGUGCUGUGCGCUGUGUGCGCGCGCUCCCAGCGACAAUACCUGAACGAGUGGGCCGUGGAGGUCCCGGGGGGUCUUCAGGCUGCCCGGACCAUCGCCGAGGAGCUCGGUUACGAGUUAGUGCGACAGAUUGGGGCCCUAGAGAACCAUUAUUUAUUCAAACAUCACUAUCAUCCUAGCAGGACCAAAAGGAGUGCAGAUCACAUUACCAAAAGGCUGUCAGAAGAUGACAGGGUGUCUUGGGCAGAGCAGCAGUAUGAAAAGAAACGGACUAAGCGUGCUCCGCUGGGGGGAGAAUGUAAAGACUGCUCUGUGGACAAACUCUUUGACGAUCCCAUGUGGAACCAGCAGUGGUACUUGCAAGACACACGGACAUCGUCGUCGCUGCCGAAACUGGACCUUCACGUGAUCCCUGUGUGGAAGAAAGGCAUCACGGGUAAAGGCAUUGUCAUCACCGUGCUGGAUGACGGCCUGGAAUGGAACCACACCGACAUCUACCCCAAUUAUGAUCCGGAUGCCAGUUAUGAUUUCAAUGACAACGACCCUGAUCCUUUCCCCAGAUACGACUCCACCAAUGAGAACAAACAUGGAACGAGGUGUGCAGGUGAAAUAGCAAUGCAAGCAGACAACAACAAAUGUGGCGUCGGAGUGGCGUACAACUCAAAGGUCGGAGGUAUCCGAAUGUUGGAUGGAAUUGUGACUGAUGCCAUUGAGGCAAGCUCUAUAGGGUUCAACCCCAACCACGUUGAUAUCUACAGUGCCAGCUGGGGGCCGAAUGAUGAUGGAAAAACAGUCGAGGGGCCGGGCCGUCUGGCACAGAAAGCCUUUGAGUAUGGCAUCCAGAAGGGCCGUGGUGGAAAGGGCUCCAUCUUUGUUUGGGCAUCAGGUAAUGGUGGGCGUCAGGGUGAUAACUGUGACUGUGAUGGCUACACGGACAGCAUUUUCACCAUCUCGAUCAGCAGUGCGUCACAGCAGGGCCUCUCACCCUGGUACGCUGAGAAAUGUUCAUCCACCCUCGCCACUGCCUACAGCAGUGGAGACUACACUGACCAGAGGAUUACUAGCGCUGACCUUCACAACGAAUGCACAGAGACACACACUGGAACAUCUGCUUCUGCUCCACUGGCAGCUGGGAUAUUCGCUCUGGCAUUAGAACAGAAUCUUGAUCUAACAUGGAGGGACCUGCAGCAUUUGGUGGUUUGGACGUCUGAGUUCGACCCUCUAGCGAAUAACCCUGGGUGGAAGAGGAACGGCGCUGGUCUUAUGGUGAACAGUCGCUUCGGAUUCGGCUUGCUCAACGCUAAAGCUCUGGUAGACCUGGCCGAUCCUAAAGUGUGGAAGCACGUGCCUGAGAAGAAGCAAUGCAUCGUGAGAGAUGAUACCUUCCAGCCCAGGCCUCUGAAGGCCGCAGGGGAGAUCAGUAUUGAGAUCCCCACUAAGGCAUGCACUGGCCAGACAAACGCUAUUGUCUCAUUAGAGCAUGUGCAGGUCGAGGCCAGCAUUGAGUACACCAGGAGAGGAGACCUCCACAUUACGCUCACCUCUCCAUCAGGCACUACAACAGUGCUCUUGGCUGAGAGGGAGAGGGACACUUCCUCUAAUGGCUUCAGGAACUGGGCCUUCAUGUCUGUGCACACCUGGGGAGAGAACCCUACCGGCACCUGGACCCUGAAGAUCACUGAUACGUCAGGGCGGAUGGAGAAUGAGGGGCAGAUCUUAAGCUGGAAGCUGAUUCUGCACGGAACCUAUGAAAAGCCGGAGCACAUGAAAAAGCCCAGAGUGUACACUUCCUACAAUGCUGUGCAGAACGACCGCAGGGGAGUGGAACACAUGGAGGACAUGAUGGAGGAGCCCGCCAUCUCGCCCAACAAACCUGAGAAGCCCCAAACACCAGCUAAAGUCACUUCUUCCACUCCUGACUCUGCUUUUGGCCCAGAAGAAAAGCCUACUUUAUCCCAGAUUUCAUCCUCCCCCAAUUUAGCGCUGCUCCACCUCCUCCAGUCAGCUUUUAACAGGCAGACGCCAGCCAUCUAUCCUCACUCCAUGGCUUCCCUCGGCCGAGCCGAAACCCGAGACAGGAUCCCCAAGCAGAAGUUGCUCGAAGCCAUGGACUGGCUCAAACAGGACACAGUUCCUGAGAGCAACCUGUACAACGACUACAGCGACAAUUUCUAUAGAGCACAAGCUUAUCGGCACAGAGACGACCGGCUGAUGCAGGCUCUCUUCGACAUUCUUGAACAGCAACAGCAGUGAGGUGAUGGAGAGGGGAAAGAAAGGUUGGGGGAAGGUCAGAGAAGUAGGUACGGGGUAAAAAAAAGAGAAAAAAAGAGGUAGUGAGAUAAUAUAAAGGAGAAUGAUGCAUCAUGUGAACAGGGAGGAUUUGUAGUGGCAGGAAGUGAGAAGAAGCAUAUGGAUAAGUGGAUGAGAGCCAGGCACAGAACGAGAGAUUCACUCUUACACACACGGUUGUAGUUUCGGUCACCACUCUUCCUCGUCUAUAAAUCAUUCUAAGGCCUGUUUCUGUUUUGUAUACCUUAGUCCCAUCUACUGUGCUGUGCACAUGACUGGUUCUCAUUCCUCAUCAGAUAUUGCCACAUUCACAUCAACGCAGAAAAAUAUGAAAACUUCAUCUAAAAAUUCUUAAAAUUUAAAUAAUAUUGUAUAUUUUAUGACACGUAUAGUGACUUGCAUACGUAUUCACCCCCCUCUUGACCAUUUCCACAUUUUAUAAUACAAAGUACAAAGUGAAACUCAGCCUGAUGCUGCCACCACCAUGCUUCACUCUAGGGAUGUUUUCCAGGGUGAUGGGCAGUGUUGUGCCAUGAUAGCACUUUUUUCCCCAAGGCCAAAAAUUUAUAUUUUGGCCUCAUCAGGCCAGAAUACUAUUUUCCAUUUUUGCAGAGACUCCAAAAUGCCUUCUGGCAAACUCCAAAUAGGAUUUCACAUGGCUUGCCACUCUUCCAUAAAACCCAGCUUUCAUGCAUGUCCGGGUUAUGGUUGCCAUGUGAAUAGCUGACAUUUAGUAAAUGGUCUCAACUAUGGUACAGUCAUGGUUGUGUCCUAUACUUUCCAUUUUUAAAAAUAUAUUUAAGGGUGCUCUGCAGAAUGCUUGAGAUAUUUUUAUAACAAAACCCUGAUUGAUACUUUUCCGGAACUUUCGCUAAGACUUGUUUCGAUAGCUCUUUGGUCUUCAUGAUGCUGUUUGUCUAGGUACGUUCUCUAAUAAACUCUGGCACCAUCCAGGAACAGGUGUAUUUAUAUUGAGAGCUCAUGACAAUUGCACUAAUUAAGUGUCUUCUGAUGGCAACAGGGGUUUUCUUCCUUCCCAGUUUGGUCUUGCCAAUUUUUGACCUGCUAGCUAACACUAACACUCCCCUGUAACACAGCAGCUACCAGUUGAGGAUAGUGGGGCAAAAACGUGCUUCCUUUAUGCCAUCUGAAGCCAAACUCCAUCCCUGUGUCAGAAAUCGCUCCCUACUCACAAUAUAGGGCACUAUAUAGUGGGGACACCAUUUUGUAGUGCUGUCUGAAACCUUAGUGAGGAUUAUUUACACCCUAUAUAGUGUACUCAAAAGUAUCCCACAAUGCAUCACAAAAAGCAGUGUACAACCAAUGGUCACUAACCAAAGCGAUAUAUCCCAUCAUGCAUUGCGGUCGCACUGAAAGAAAUCAAAUUUACAGUCUCAAAUUUGAUUUA